CAAUUACUUAGCAGACAUAAGAAGAAAUAGAAAAAAAUCUGUACCAAAUGUAAACCCUCCGUGAAUAAAUUAUAAACAGAAAAUCCUCUCGGUCUCGAAAACAACCUCAAAAUGCCAGUGACUUCUCCGAAGCACCAGGACAAUGCGCGGUUCUAUUCCGUGGAGCGCCGGAUGGGCCGCAUGUCCGACGACCGCGGAUACGACAGGCAGCGGUUUGAAAACUAUUCCGCCUGGAUCGACAACCAGACCAGGGCCAUGCAAAAGUCCGAGGCGUUUUUUUUCGGGAGGCAGUCGAGUAAACCGCUGUACGGGUUCGAGGCGAAAAGACCGGUGAUAGACAAACCAAGAGACGUCAAGACGUUUUACGUUCAGGUAAAGAAUUAGUGUGUGAGAUUACUAUUUUCACUUGUUCAUUUGUCACGAAGAAAAUGAAAAUCUAUCACCGCCACCAUGACCUGGAGCUGCAACUGCAUCAUUCGUAGACGUAAGUGGACCUAGUUCUCAAGUCUGAGCCAAACCAUCUUCAACAACGUGUGGACAACUGUUGCGCAUUCUAUUCUACACCAUUCUCAGGAACCAACCUUCACGUCGCAAACGGUGUGCGCGAGAAAAUACGACCAGAAUUACAAGGUCGUGGAAGAUCCGUUAGAAGACCUCCGUGCCGAUCCCUACCACGAGCCGAACUUUCUUGCGGUUGGAGAAAAAGAUCACUAUGGAGAUCAAAGGUACAGGGUGCUGCUUGAAUUUGAUUUGCCAGCGCAUUUUUGUUUAUCACACGUCUACGUGGCAGCUAUCUCGCAUGACGGAGUGUUGUCGUUGUGCUUUUCGUGCUGCAACGAUCAUCGCCGUAUUCUAUUCAUCAAUCAAUGAAAUUGAUCGGAAACCACCACCACCAGGUCUGGUUCCCAACACCCAGAAAAGAACCGACUACCCAAACUCUGGCGGCCAAUGGACAAAGAGUUACGGAAAGCAGUGCCACAGGAGCUCGUCGAUAGCUGGAUGCGAUCCAUGGGUGGGGACAGCAGGAGAGUAGACCCGAAGGUAUAUUAGUAGAGAUUGAUGAGCUGCGUGCAUCUUUUUGUAGACAAUUUUAUUUUGUCAGGAGAGACAACAGAGGCAUGACAAAUGUGCUAUUUCAUCUUUUACUUUUUGCACGACCCGCAUCACAAAAAAAUCUCUUCCUUUCAGGAUCCGACCUUCCAAGUGCUUUUCAAAAACGACAUUGACGUGGUAAAAAACUCUUCCGCGAAGGGAAUCAAGGAACUGAACCUCGACUCCUCGGUCUUCCACCUACCCCACUACCUGGAAGAAGAGAAGAAGGACCUCCCACCCCCGCCAGAACCCCCAGUAAUCGGGGAGGACAGUCUGCUCCCGAUCGAAAAAACGGGAAGAGUGUUCAAGAACCGGGAGGAAGCGCGGGUGUUAGUCAGACCGGAUACGAGGUUUGAAGGGGAACUAGACCAGCUGGAACAACCGCCACUACCGGAAAGUCCGAAAUCCCAGAUGUCACCCCGCAACAUCGGCCGGAAAUUCGGCGACUCGCCCGUGCCGUCCGCCGCGACUGGUGCUGCGGCGGCCAUGAUGGACGAAUUGCUGGGGAGGUCACCGGAUGGAAUAGCAAAGCCGUACACGCGGCCGGUGCAGGGCAUUGUGCAGCCGGACAAGAGUCUGAUGAACUUGUCCAUGGAGGAGAGAUUAGGGGAGUGGAAGGCGCUGAAGAAACAGGACGCGCGGGGGAAAAUAUGACAGUGCACAACUCCCCCACCUUCCCCUCAUUUGUUAUGCAAAAUCCCAAAUCCAGUCGGUGCCUUGUGGCACUGCGUGCAUGACAAAUUCUGGAAGCCCAAACAGUACAACUAGAUUAGGUGCGUAAAUUAUUUGUCAUGCAUGGGCUCCACGCGUGCGGGUGCUUGUAUUGCUGUUCAUGCCACACAAAUGAGGGGGAGGGGGAGUUGUGCACUCUCAUAGAAAAUCCGGGGAGACGUGAAGGAGAUUUUGAAGCAGUCGAGCAUCCUGUUAAAAGUCCAGCAGCACCCGCCAGUGGUACCGAGAAAGAUCUUCGUGUCCGCAGAAGACAGAUACAACAAUAACUGGGAUCGGGACAUGCACAGGGUCAGGAUGCGUUAUCCGGGAGGUACAAUACUGUUCAGUGGAUGUUAAUUUUGGUUUUUUGUCUUUGUUUCGUCAUGCGUGCGGAAGAUCAAUACGGAUUGUCAUUGUCAUUGUCCCGUAUUACGCGUGUUUUCGUUGUGCAUGAGCAAUGUCAGGUUCCAGAAUUAUGAUGAAAUAGAAAUCUUGCGUCGAAAACAACUACAGGCACGCGCGCCACCGAGGGCAUGGCAGGGACUUGGGCCCCGGAAGGCGGGGGUAUCGCUGCGUUGGCGCCGCCCGUGAACAUGUCCGUCGCGUCCGCGGUCUACCGCGGUGGGAAGUAGGGGCGGGAGCGUGAUGGUGGAUCUUCACACGACCAGGAGGUUUGUGGAUGAAGACAGGAGAAUUUGUCAUGAAUUGAAAAAUGAUGAACCCAAAGACAAGGCACAACCGAAGAACACCACCAGCUUUGCCAAUCAACGUAACAUUAUGCAACGUAUACCUUCCAGUUUCAACGUCGAUUUGAGACUCUUAGAAUUAAAUGCUACCAAUUUAUUAUAUCGCAAAGUCAGCAAAAGAUGAGAGAUGUCUGAAUGAAUCAAUAAUGUGCUACAUCAAAGAGGAGAGUUGUCGAUAAAGCUGAAUCGCUAACACAGACAGCGAUUGCGAUGAGCAUCUACAAAUGUACUUCUACAGAGAACUACCGUUUUCAAACUAAAUGCUCCAAAACGAACUCUAUUCUGGCUACUUGUACAAUGAUGUCAAGAAUAAAAAUGUAUCAUGGAACUUCUGUUGCUCGUUUGCUUUCUUGCAGCCUGUGCCCCUGUGCACGAGCACGACUUAUUUUCC